AUGGCCGACUCCGUCCAGCCCCCGACCGAAGCGGUCGCCAACCUGUUCCUCGACGAGGUCACCGGCGAGCGUGUGAGCAAGUCCGAGUUGAAGCGGCGCCAGAAGAACAGAGAGCGCGACGCCAAGAAGGCCGAGAAGGCCGCCGCCGCUCCCCCCAAGGCCGAGAAGAAGAGCAAGGGCAACGACGAGCUGGAGGAGGCCAAUCUGACCCCCAACCAGUACUUCGAGAUCCGCUCCCGCGCCAUCACCAAGCUCAUCGAGAGCAAGGACCCCUACCCCUACCCACACAAGUUCCACAACAACUACGAUGUCCGCAACUUUGCCAGCGAGUUCGGCCAUCUCAAGUCCGGCGAGCACGUCAAGGACAAGGAGAUCAGGAUCACCGCCCGUAUGUACGGCAAGCGUGCUGCUGGAAGCAAGCUCAUCUUCUACGACGUCCGCGAUGAGGGUGUGCGCUUCCAGGUCAUGGCCCAGGCGAACGAUGCUGCCUCGGACGAGCACUUCCUCAAGCAGCACGAGAUCCUGAGGAGAGGAGACAUCAUUGGCAUUGUGGGAUACCCCGGGCGCACCGCCCCCAAGAGCAAGAUCGAGAAGGGCGAGGAGGGCGAGCUGUCCAUAUUCGCCAAGGAGGUCCUCCUCCUGACUCCCUGCCUGCACCAGCUGCCCGACGAGUACUACGGCCUCAAGGACCAGGAGCAGCGCCACCGCAAGAGGUACCUGGAUCUCAUCAUGAACCCCAAGACCAGAGAGACCUUCUCCACCAGACCCAGAGUCAUCAAGUACAUCCGCAAGUACCUCGACGAUGCCGGCUUCCUGGAGGUCGAGACCCCCAUCAUCAACAUGAUCGCUGGCGGCGCCACCGCCAAGCCCUUCGAGACGCAUCUGAACGACUACAACAUGGACGUCUUCCUGAGAAUCGCCCCGGAGCUGCCCCUGAAGAUGCUUGUUGUCGGAGGUCUCAAGCGUGUCUACGAGAUUGGUCGCCUUUUCCGCAACGAGGGCGCUGAUCUGACCCACAACCCCGAGUUCACGACUUGUGAGUUCUACGAGGCUGGUGCCGACUUUUACGACCUCAUGACCCGUACCGAGGAGUUGGUUUCUGGCCUGGUCAAGGAGCUCACCGGUGGCUACACCACCACCUUCACCACGCAGCACGGCGAGACGUACGAGGUCAACUGGGAGGCCCCCUGGAAGCGUGUCGAGAUGAUCCCCACCCUCGAAGAGGCCACCGGCGAGAAGUUCCCGGCUCCCGACCAGCUGCACACCGAGGAGUCGAGGGAGUUCCUCAAGAAGGUUCUGCAGAAGAUGAACGUCGACUGCCCGGCGCCCCAGACCACCGCUAGGAUGCUGGAUCGCCUAACAGGCGAGUUCAUUGAGGAGACGGCCGUCAACCCCACCUUCAUCACGGAGCACCCCAAGAUCAUGUCGCCACUUGCCAAGGACCACCGCAGCAAGCCUGGCUUGACGGAGCGAUUCGAGGCCUUCGUCUGCAAGAAGGAGAUUGCCAAUGCCUACACCGAGUUGAACCAGCCCUUCGAGCAGCGCCUGCGUUUCGAGGAGCAGGCCAACCAGAAGGCCCAGGGCGAUGACGAGGCCCAGCUCAUCGACGAGACCUUCCUCAACGCGCUCGAGUACGGCCUGCCGCCCACUGCCGGCUGGGGUCUGGGUAUCGACCGUCUGGUCAUGUUCCUGACCAACAACUACAGCAUCAAGGAGGUCCUGCUCUUCCCCUUCAUGAACCCGGAGGUGAUCUCCAAGAAGGAUGACUCCCAGAAGCUGCCGCAGGCCAUCGCUGAGGCGGGAGCCGAGCCGGCCCCGGUUGAAGGCACCGAAGGAAUUGGUGAGUCCCGGUCAUAA